UGCUGCCUUCUUGCAGAUUGAUCUCCAGCGAGGGAGCUCAUGUGGAUUUUGCUGGCGUCCAAGAGGGUUAUGCAUCUUCAAGAGCGUGAAAGAGUGGAUCUCAGCCCAGGCUCCCUGGGGUGACACUGUUAAUGAGCGACUGGGGCCUCUGUGGACGGUCUCCCAUGUGGUCAUCAGCAGAACUUUUAGCAGGAGGUGAGCUCCAGGCCCGCUGAGCCUCCGCAGAGCCGCCAGCCAUGCCCGGGAUCGUAGUGUUCCGGCGGCGCUGGUCUGUGGGCAGCGAUGACCUCGUCCUGCCAGCCAUCUUCCUCUUCCUCCUGCACACCACCUGGUUUGUGAUCCUGUCCGUGGUGCUCUUCGGCCUGGUCUACAACCCGCACGAGGCCUGUUCCCUGAACCUGGUGGACCACGGCCGCGGCUACCUGGGCAUCCUGCUGAGCUGCAUGAUCGCCGAGAUGGCCAUCAUCUGGCUGAGCAUGCGUGGAGGCAUCCUCUACACAGAGCCCCGCGAGUCCAUGCAGUAUGUGCUCUACGUGCGCCUGGCCAUCCUGGUGAUUGAGUUCAUCUAUGCCAUCGUGGGCAUCGUCUGGCUCACUCAGUACUACACCUCCUGCAACGACCUCACUGCCAAGAACGUUACCCUCGGGAUGGUCGUCUGCAACUGGGUGGUCAUCCUCAGCGUCUGCAUCACCGUCCUCUGUGUCUUUGACCCCACGGGCCGUACCUUCGUCAAACUGAGAGCCACCAAGAGGAGGCAGCGCAACUUGCGGACCUACAACCUACGGCACCGAUUGGAGGAGGGUCAGGCCACCAGCUGGUCUCGCCGGCUCAAAGUGUUCCUCUGCUGCACCAGGACGAAGGACUCGCAGUCAGAUGCUUACUCAGAAAUCGCCUACCUCUUUGCUGAGUUUUUCCGGGACCUGGACAUUGUGCCAUCUGACAUCAUCGCUGGCCUGGUACUGCUUCGGCAGCGACAGCGGGCCAAGCGCAACGCCGUGCUGGACGAGGCCAACAAUGACAUCUUGGCCUUCCUGUCUGGGAUGCCAGUGACCAGAAACACCAAGUACCUCGACCUCAAGAACUCGCAAGAGAUGCUCCGCUACAAAGAGGUCUGCUACUACAUGCUGUUUGCGCUGGCCGCCUACGGGUGGCCCAUGUACCUGAUGCGGAAGCCUGCCUGUGGCCUCUGCCAGCUGGCCAGGUCCUGCUCGUGCUGCCUGUGCCCCGCACGGCCCCGGUUUGCCCCGGGAGUCACUAUCGAAGAAGACAACUGCUGUGGCUGCAACGCCAUUGCCAUCCGGCGCCACUUCCUGGACGAGAACAUGACGGCGGUGGACAUUGUCUACACCUCCUGCCAUGACGCGGUGUACGAAACCCCCUUCUAUGUGGCGGUGGACCAUGACAAGAAGAAGGUGGUGAUCAGCAUUCGGGGAACUCUGUCCCCGAAGGACGCCCUGACAGACCUGACUGGUGAUGCUGAGCGCCUCCCCGUGGAGGGGCACCACGGCACCUGGCUGGGACACAAGGGAAUGGUCCUUUCAGCUGAGUACAUCAAGAAGAAGCUGGAGCAGGAGAUGGUCCUGUCCCAGGCCUUCGGGAGAGACCUGGGCCGCGGAACCAAACACUAUGGCCUGAUUGUGGUGGGCCACUCCCUGGGUGCAGGCACCGCCGCCAUCCUCUCCUUCCUCCUGCGCCCCCAGUACCCGACCCUCAAGUGCUUCGCCUACUCCCCACCAGGGGGCCUGCUGAGUGAGGAUGCCAUGGAGUACUCCAAGGAAUUUGUCACAGCCGUGGUUCUGGGCAAAGACCUUGUCCCCAGGAUUGGCCUCUCCCAGCUGGAGGGUUUCCGCAGACAGCUCCUGGAUGUCCUGCAGAGAAGCACCAAGCCCAAAUGGCGAAUUAUUGUGGGGGCAACUAAAUGUAUCCCCAAGUCGGAGCUGCCGGAGGAGGCGGAGGUGACCACCCUGUCCAACACCCGGCUCUGGACGCACCCCAGUGACCUGACCAUUGCCCUGUCGGCCAGCACUCCGCUCUACCCGCCCGGCCGCAUCAUCCAUGUGGUCCACAACCACCCAGCGGAGCAGUGCUGCUGCUGCGAGCAGGAGGAGCCCACGUACUUCGCCAUCUGGGGUGACAACAAGGCCUUCAACGAGGUGAUCAUCUCCCCGGCCAUGCUGCAUGAGCACCUCCCCUACGUGGUCAUGGAGGGGCUCAACAAGGUGCUGGAGAACUACAACAAGGGGAAGACAGCCUUGCUCUCUGCUGCUAAGGUCAUGGUGAGCCCCACCGAGGUGGACCUCACUCCCGAGCUCAUCUUCCAGCAGCAGCCGCUGCCCACGGGGCCCCCAGUGCCCACUGGCCUCGCCCUGGAGCUGCCCACUGCAGACCACCGAAACAGCAGCGUCAGAAGCAAGUCCCAGUCUGAGAUGAGCCUGGAGGGCUUCUCAGAGGGGCGGCUGCUGUCCCCAGUGGCUGCAGCCUCGGCGGCCCGCCAGGACCCUGUGGAGCUGCUGCUGCUGUCCACCCAGGAGCGGCUGGCGGCGGAGCUGCAGGCUCGGCGGGCGCCACUGGCCACCAUGGAGAGCCUCUCGGACACGGAGUCGCUGUACAGCUUUGACUCACGCCGAUCCUCGGGCUUCCGCAGCAUCCGAGGCUCACCCAGCCUCCACGCAGUGCUGGAGCGCGACGAGGGCCACCUCUUCUAUAUCGACCCUGCCAUCCCAGAGGAAAACCCGUCCCUGAGCUCCCGCACCGAGCUGCUGGCUGCCGACAGCCUGUCCAAGCACUCACAGGACACCCAGCCCCUGGAGGCGGCCCCAGGCAGCGGGGGCGCCACUCCUGAGAGGCCCCCCAGUGUAGUGGCCAAUGAGCAGGAGGAAGAGGGGGGUAGUGGGGCAGCCCCCCGCAGAGAGCUGGCGCUGCACAACGGGCGCCUGGGGGAUUCUCCCAGCCCUCAGGUGCUGGAGUUUGCAGAGUUUAUUGACAGCCUCUUCAACCUGGACAGCAAGAGCAGUUCCUUCCAGGACCUCUACUGCAUGGUGGUACCUGAGAGCCCCACCAGCGACUACGCAGAGGGCCCCAAGUCCCCCAGCCAGCAAGAGAUCCUGCUCCGUGCCCAGUUCGAGCCCAACCUGGUGCCCAAGCCCCCGAGGCGCUUUGCUGGCUCAGCAGACCCCUCCUCAGGCAUCUCGCUGUCACCCUCCUUCCCACUCAGCUCCUCGGGGGAACUCAUGGACCUGACGCCCACGAGCCUCAGCAGCCAGGAGUGCCUGGCUGUGGACAAGAUCCGGACUUCUACCCCCACUGGCCGCGGGGCCAGCCCCACCAAGCAGGGUGACCUGGUCAUCUCAGCACGCUAGCACCCAGGAGCUGCCGGCGGAGGCCUGCUCCAGAGCAGGUGGCCCCUCGGGCUCCAGGUGGCUGCCCCCAGGGCCGGGCAGCUUUGAGGAGAGGCCCCAGGGGCCACUUUAGCCUCAGGCUUGAGGUACUGCUGCUGAGCUGGGGGUCCAUAUCCCUACCUCAGCUUAGGACCCCCAGAGCCAAGGCAGCUGGUAUCUGGGCCCUCCAGAUAGUGGAGGGGUGGGGAGUGGGGAAGAGCCUGGGGCAGCCUGCCAGCCUGACCACCCCCCAGAGGCAUCCUGGCACCCCCUACUCCAGGACAGGCAGUGGGCAUACUGACUCCCUUUCACUGCCCUCUGGCUGCUCUCCCAGGGCUGAGAAGAAGAAUGGCCCCCUCCCUAUACAUUCUCAUCUGUGGUCUAGGCUGGCCACCCCCCAGAUCUGGUGCCUGCUGGCCAGCCCCUGGGGUGACCCCCAGCCAAGGGGGCCCGCAGUGCUGUGUAUGUUUACAGAAGCUGCUGGGGUGGGCUCAGGGUGUAUCCUGGGCUUGCAAGCCCCCCAUCCUCAAUCAUGUGUCCAGUAGCCCCCCCUCUGAGCAGGGCAGGGGCCUGGAGUGGCCUGGAGGAGGGUGGGGUCAGGAUGUCCCUUCUCUGCUUGGUUUCCCUCAUGCUUACCUCUCUGUCAGUGGGUCCUGGGCGCCCAGACCUGCCCCACCUGCUCAUUACUUCCUGGCUUGUCUUCUAUUCCUAGGGAUCCUGGUCAUUCAAAGGAUGGAGGGCACAGGUGUGACCACCCCUGGCUGCAGUUAGUGCCCUGGGAGGAAGGAGCACACCCAAAUCCCUCUCCCUUUGAGGGCCCCAUAUAACUCUUUCACAUACCUCCCCCCAUGCCUGGGCAGCCCCGGGCCCUGGGAUCUGAAACCAAACACACCUCCACUCCCCUCACUCCCCUCCUCACUGGCCUCACCUGGGCUUCCUUCCUUCCUGUCCCUAGUUCGGAUGACAGGAAGUGGGGCAUUGUGGCACCUGGCUAGAGACUCCCUGUUCACUGUUGGUGGGGAGUGCAGGAGAGUCAGGGGCUCUGGGCUCUCCUGGUUUAGCCUGAGGCCUCCACAGCCCUCACUUGAGGGGUUCCUUCCUGUUGGGUUGGGGAGGCAGUGGGGUGGUGGAGACCAGGCGUUUUCCCAGAGGCUGAGUGCAUGCUCGCGUGGGGCGUGUGUGUGCAUGUGCAUGGGUG